AUGAUUCUCACGAGUGAUCGUUGUGUCUAUGGUUGGGGUCAUAAUAGAUACGGACAGUUAGGUUGUGGACCAGACAGUGAUAUACAAAACGUAACCAUAUUUAGAGUGAAUUUCAGUCCUAAUCACGAAAUUCAAAGCAUUUAUUGUUGUGCUUAUUCUUCAUAUGCCAUCACAUCGGAGGGACAGGUGUAUAGUUGGGGUCAAAAUGAUUAUUAUAAUUUGGGACACAAUUCAUCGGGUAAUAUAUGGAAACCACAACUCAUUGAAGACAUGACUGUUAUUAAGACUAUCUGUUCCAAUGAUUCCGAAGUGAAUAAUUACAAGCGUUUGUAUGAAGAGUUGUAUUUAUUAGGUUCGGGAGGUUUUGGGAAAGUGCUGACCAAUUACGGGAAUUAUUUGGUCGACAACCGGGAGAACCCAUGA